AUGGUUAUGAGUAUCCUCUCCCACUUCCCAUCACGAAUAUCUCAAGAUUCCAAUCCCAUAAAAUUCGAAUACCACAACCUCACUGAACCAGACGCAAUUCGUCUCUUGAUUAUACAUCCAGGAACUCCUUCUUCUCCUAUUCACUGUAGUCUCUUACAUACGAGUUUGAAAGAGUGUAGAUUAGAUAUCUAUAAUGGUUAUACAGCUCUUUCCUAUGUUUGGGGAGAUCCACGUGCGAGGAAAACUGUAUUUAUUAACGAGAGGCCUUUCUCUACAACUGUUAAUUUAGCAGAUGCUAUAGAUCAUCUUCGCGAUGAAGAAAGACCCCUGCGGUUAUGGGCAGAUGCUAUCUGUAUUGAUCAGGAUAAUUUGGGGGAGCGCACUCAGCAAUUGGGGUUGAUGAGAGAGAUAUAUCGGCUUGGGGGCCGGACUGUGAUAUAUCUUGGGGAGUGGUCAGAGGGGGUAGACAAGCUGCUUGAUUGUAUUGGGAGAGUGGGAUCGAAUGCCAAGUUGUCGAAAGCGCACGAUCUUGCGUUUCGGCAUGUGCUCUCGCGUCCUUGGUUUACGAGGGUUUGGACGUAUCAGGAAUUGCUGAUUUCGAGAGAGGUUGUGGUGCAGGUUGGGAGGUGUAGAGUCUUGUGGCAGGAUUUUUGCGGGGCGAUUUUGAAUGGGGAUAAUAGACCUGUUGUCGACUCGGAUAGCGAGUCUGUGUAUGCAACAGGUCUACAAAAAAGAUUGGAUACAGUGAUGAGCAAUGCAGAUAUGCAAGGCUACUCGACUCGGACUGAUUCAUCCUCGCAUAUAUCUUUCAAGCGUGCAAAUCAAGCAGAUGCGUACAAUCGAGAAAUAUUAAGGAGUAUGGAUGUAUCGCGACAGAAGUUUCAAAGUGGUGUUACUGGCGGAUCUUCUCUUUUGAGUAUCCUCGUAUCUCGACAAGGAUCGGGAGUUUCCGAUUUCAGAGACAUCAUUUACGGUUAUCUUGCUGUUGCUGAAAUCCGUCGUCCAUACAGUCAUGGGAUAUCUUCAUAUUUAGAUCCGAAAGAUUAUUUGCCGGUAGUAGAUUACACCAAGAGUGUGGAUGAAGUUUUUGUCGAUGCGGCUUUUUAUAUUGCUAUUUCUACCGAGCCACGACGACUCUGGGAUAUGCUAUUUUAUUCCGAAACUACGCGUCCGCAUUUGAAACGAAAGGGCUUACCAAGCUGGGUACCGGAUUGGACUCUGAGACGAAAUGACCUGCCGAAUUCCAGCUGGCCGUUUAUGGCAAAUCAGAUAACGGAUAUUCCGGCGCCUGGAGAAUUGAAAAUGAGUUCUAAAGUGGGGCCUUGGAUCAUACCUGUUGAUCCCCAGAUUCUAACUGUAUACUGUGACCUUCAAGCCAUUGCCGUUGUUACUAAGACUGCUACGCCAGACUUCUUAAGUUCAAAAUUUGUCGAGCAAAAACAGAUCUUGAUUGAUACUUUCUACAAACUUCUCGACAUUUACAAAGACAAGCCCAAAAUCGACACGCACAAAGACACGCACAAACUCGAGGCUCGGCAGGUAUGGGAUUUCCACUUACUCUCCAACCUUCGAAAUCUUUACAAAAGUCUCCAUGUAUGUUGGGAAUCCUUAGGAGUACAGGACAUUUUCUGGAAAAAUCCCGAUCUGCGACACUAUAAAAUAUUCAGCAAGAUUAUGCAUCGGGUCUUCAAAUAUUGCAGUAAUGUUUCCGGAAUCGGCCAACUUUCCGAAGUCGAGCUAUGGCAGCUUCUUCAUGGUUCUCCUAUUGCUAUUCUACUCAUCGCGGCGAUAUUCCCAUCUAGCGAGAAGGUCAUUAGUAAAAGAGCUUUUGCACGAUUCUCUAAAUCUCCCUCGCUUGUGAGUAUCGGGAUUAUUCCCUGCUUGACAAAAGCGGGAGAUUUCGCACUUAAUUUUUAUGAUGGGACGGAUAAUCAUUCUUGUGGGGUUUUGCGACCUUUGAAUGGUUAUAGGAAUGAUCAUCUUGAUGAAGAAAUCAAGACGAAGAUUGCAGCACAAGGUUUGAGCUCUGAUAUUUCGAUUUUUCACUGCACUUAUAUUGGAAAGGGCUGGAUGGAUAAAGGAUGGGUGGAUAGGGGCUGGGAUGUUAAGACGCGUGGAAAUGGUGAUUUGGAUUUGAAUAUGGAUAUGAAUACACAUACUCACAACAAUCUCGAAACAAACCCAGAAAUUCCAGACAGUAAAUGGAAUCCCACUUGGGAUGAUGCCCUAGACUCCUCCAACACACUCUCAAAUUCUUCCCCAAAUCCCGACUCGCCACGAAACCCAGAUACAAAUUCAACUCAGGAUUUGAAGCCCCCCUCAGACUCGAAUCUAAAUCCCAUCUCUCCAAAAGCGAAUCAGAAUGACCUUCGCAUGUUGCCGAAACUUCGCGAGUUCAUGUCAGAUGAAUAUUAUGAGCCUGUGGAUUCGCUAAUGGAUCUUAUGAGGGUAUUUGAGAGGAUGGGGAAAAUGGCGGAUUUUAAUCCGGUGGUGGUGGUUUUGCAUUGA